AUGUCGAAUAAAGAUACUAAAACCCAGCUGGAUGCCAAACUUGGACUAACAAAGAUCAAGACAUGGAUGACUCCACGCCGGGGUAUCCCCCGAUUUCUCCAAAGAACAAGGCCUUGCCCUAAUAUCGGACGUCGUAGACUGGCAGACCCGUCGGAGUGUUACUCGGUCGGGAUCACAGUGUUUCCUACAUUGUUUCCUCGAGCGCAGUUUAAUCGCGCGUGCGAGCUACAGCCCGUUUAUAGUGAGCUCUACUGUGCAAUAGCCGAAGAUGAAGAAUGGCUGUUUGAAGCGAUCCACGAUCUUCUUCCGGUCGAUCCCUUGCUGCAGCUCUGUGGGGCGUUCAUGAGGGGGGGAGGAAGGGUCGGUUAUGCGCAGGAGAUAUCGGUUGGGAUUUCCGUCGAGUUCAACACGUUCUCAUGCGCUGCGGCAACGCAUGCGACGAAGGUUGCGGAGAUGCAUCGCUAUCUUGCGAGAGCCGGGGCCUAUGAAAGUGGCGAUGAAGGCCCAUUACCUAUUACUCUUAAAUCUCUGCCUCGAAGAAACAAUGUCGAGUCACUGGCAACUUGUCUCGCUUCCGCUCACGAGGCAUACGGGCCAAGAAGCACCGCGGUCCUCUUCGUCGUACAGCCCGAUAAUUUCAACAUUGCCGACGAACGUCCGAUCGAAUAUGCAUCGUGGAAUCGAGAUACACUAGUACCAGCCUACUUUCGAGCCGACUUCCCCGAUGACUUUCUCCGAUUCACGACUCUCACCGAAUCGCAUGAGCUUCUCUUCCACCCGCUAUGGCUGGGGUUCCAAGACUCACACGAGUACGGCGAUGCGGGAAAGGAAGCCCGUCUCCGAAUCGAGCUCUCCCGUGCCAUUAGAUGUCCGUUCAUGUUAUCACACAUUUGCACGUUCAAAAAGGUCCAAUGCGUACUCACGGCACCGGAGGCGUUGGAACGUUUCCUAUUGCAGGAAAAGGCGGACAUUAUCCGAUCGACGUUCGUUCCUAUGUAUCCACUCGAUAAUUCUGAUUCCGGUGCCUACGCUCGCCAACUGGCGACCGAUCGGAAGCUCUCGCGGGAUUAUAUGAAACCAUCGUUGGAAGGAGGGGGGCAUAAUAUUUGUGGGGGAGAGAUCCCUAGGUUUCUUGCCUCUAUUCCGAAAGCAAAGUGGAGUGCGUAUAUUCUUAUGGAGAGGAUUCAGCCGCCGUCUGUGGUUAAUAUUCUGUUAUCGUCUGCGGGGUUGGAUUCGGGUGGUGUUGUAUCGGAGCUGGCAAUUUUCAGGACUUGCCUUUGGCGGAGGGGUGGUGGUUCGCGGUGCGAGAUGCUCCAGAAUGAAGUCGGUGGAUGGGCCCUCAAGACUAUGAUGAGAUUGAUGAGAUGCGUGUUUUGA